AGGAUAACCAAUAUGGCGACCAGAGGUUUAUACGUGGAUGGAAUUUUUCCUAUCCGAUCUUUGUUCCCUUGGAAAUAACUUUCAUCUCAAAAUGAAGGCAAAGAACAAAUUUUAACGAGUACAAAAAUUCACAGAUGAGUUGGUUUGAUACUUCGAGCUUUUCUUCGUUCGCUAAGACAGCUUUGACUCAAGCACAAAAUCUCCAAAAGUCCAUCGACAGAGUGUUAGAUAUUGAAGAUGAUGCUAGUUCUGCAUCUAACUCUUCAGGUAAACUCGUCACCAUUUUUAUGGUUCUAAAUUGUGUUAAUCUCCUAUAUUUUUAUUAAAAUCGUUAAUCUGGAUUUGUCUGUUGGACUAAAUUUCUAAUUGUAAUACCGAAAGCGUGUAGGAACCCGGUAGCUGGGAACUGUUUUAAAAAAAACUAGAUACCCGGCAGUCAGAGAUUUUGACUAAUUUUCCCUAAAUAGCUCGUUUAAUUCCUCUAAAAACACACGAUAUUUGUUUAGAAAUCUCAAGCGAUUGUAAGUUUUGCCUUGGGUUCAAAGUAGAAUAUUUUCUAAGUGUCGAAAACAUUGAAAUUUCACUCUAUGCCCAAGCUCGAUCGUCACUUCUAUUUUUAACCCAAGGCAAUCUUUACAAUCGCUUGAGAUUCUUAAACAAAUAUCUUAUGUUCUUAUUAAACGAGCUAUUCUGAGAAAAUUGGUCAAAAUUUCUGAUUGAAGGGUAUCUAAGUUUUUGAAAACAGUUCCUGGCUGCCGGGUAUCUAGACACUUCCUAAACUACAGCUUUAAUAUUUUUCUACAGUAUUACCUAAUGAUGUGAUUAUUGAUAGCACCAGAAACAAAUUUUCCACCGAUUAAACUGGGACAUCUGUUAAACGUUUUGCACCUUAGGCAAACGAGUGCAUUGUAUCUGUACCAACAGAUAGAUUUGACUCAAAUAAACAGAUUAUGACAGUUCACUUUAGGUUGUUGUUUUAAUUUUUUUUGCCUUUUUUUUAAAAUUAAAUUUCUAGUCACUGUAUGUAACCAAAGGCUAGUUCUGGCAUGUCACAUUUGUAUCAGUUUGAAGUUCAAAGCACACAAUACUUGAUUAUAUUGUUUACUCAUGAUCGCAAAAAAUUCUCUCUUCUAUUGAGCGCUUAUAGAUUUAUGUCAUGGAAUUAAAAAAAGCGUUGGUCAGCUUGUUAUAUUUUGAUGAAAAACAAUGGAACCAUGAUCUAAAAAAUCGUUCUAUGAUGAAAGCCUUGGGGUAGCUAACAAAUUUUUCACCUCAGUAAUUGGUAUUUAAUGUGUUCACAUGUUUAAGGAAAAGAACUCAAUAUUACAAAACCUUUGUACAGUCUUUAGCUAACAGAUUUUCCCACUCCCUUGGCCCUUUGUUAUAUUGAGUUUUCAUAACUAUUUAAGAGCGAAUGCACAGAAAAAUCGAGCAAACCGUGGCCACAGCUCAAAACCUAACCUACCCUCAUUUUAAGUCUGUAAUAAGGUUUUAAUGAGUUUAUAACACUGCUGAGGUUUAAUUUUCAAAAUGCGGCCGAGUUUGGGAAUUAUUUGAGAUUUUCGAUUUCAACGGUCUGCGGGCCUAAAAUUAGCCGCCGAACACGGCAAUAUAGCCUAGCGACAGAAAUGAGCUGAAUUUCAUAAACGAGCGAAUAUAUUGCCAAUCUUCCACUUAAAUCUCAAAAAGCAGAUAUCUAACAAUUUCUGAAUGGCUUCUUUUUUAGAUUUAGAGUAUAAAAUAUCGACGAACCAGCAGAAUUUUGAAACGUAAUUCGCAUAAUGCUUAUAAAUACAACAAUUUACCGCUAAAACCAAAAUCGAAUUUUCUAUAUGGGGGAAUUCUCCAAAUCACCCCAAAUCCCGCUUACUACCUAAUGAGAUAUAGUACUUCAACAUUAUCUGAAAGUUAGUCUGGUGUUCUUGCGAACGCUUGUGAAAUAGAUUGAUUAUUUUGAAGUUAUUUUGCCCCAAACAACUGCUAAUUGACCCCAGGGUCAAUUGACACGUGCACGUCACCUUAGUUUUAUGCAUCGAUUUGAGCUCGUUAAAGGGAGAAACUAACAAGAUUCUUUUAAUAUGUACCUGUUUUAAUGAAAUACACGCAAUCUUCAAAAGGAGAGGCCGUUCAAUGGGUAAUUUCUGUUCUUGAGAUCUUGUAGAUUGUACCAUGGCGUCUGCGAGUGGACCUGAGUCUAGGUCUGUUUUCCCGUGACUGCGAAAUCAGAAUAACAUCAUGAAAUAAUUCUCUCUCGAACCUUCGUAAAUGAAUCAGCUUUGCAGUGCCUUACCUGAGAUAAAAAGUGGGCAGAAUAGGAAAACAUUCUAGCCCAAUUUGGAUUCUUUGCAGCACGUAGUGUAUUUGGUAAGCGGCGAUGGUAUUAAUGACUUUUUUAAAAGUCAGGUGAGUAACUAAUUAAAAUUAGUUACUCACCUCCGAUUGCGUGACCAGGCAAUUAUAGAUUGUCUCCAGCGAAAAAUAAGUGCAUGUGAAACCAAAGCUUUCGGGAUACAGUAAAUUCAUUUUCCUGUAUGACCAGGUGUCCUUUUGUCCUUUUUUUUUCAAGCGGUUAACUAAGAUGAUUAGCAAACAUACUGUCCCACUUUUAAAAAUGGUACAGUAACUGAAUGUUCUGUUCUUCUGAUUUUACCCCUAACCCCGGAGUGUUCAGAAGAUAUAUUUGCACUACGCAUGAAAGGCAAAUGGAUUAAAUUUUAAGGUUCAAGGCGGUUUUAAGGCAUGGGUUACCAGUGGAUUAGUCAGACUUGUCAUAAGGUGCAUUGAACAGAAAAUUACAGGCAUGAUAUCUCUGCUAUUGUAUGUCCAUUAAGUGAUUUUCCAUCAAACAUUAUUUUUUUACUUUUUUACCCCAAAAGUUUUUUUCGUUCAAUUGUUAUCUAUGAGAUGUAAACUUAGUUAAAUUUCUGUAAUUUGUUGUUAAAUGCAAAUCUGUAAACAACUAAGUAUUUAAUUUUGCGUAAAAGCUACAUGAAAUUGUACUGUUUAGCCGUAAAUCAUUAAAAAGAGAAAGCAUCAUGCUUUCUCUUUUCAAGUCUAGUAGGACUUGAGCAAUGGCAUUGCUUAAGUCCUAGUAGUUCUUCUCCAUGUCUGCUUAGCUAAGGGGGGAAUAGUUUGCUCUUUUCAAGAAAUUGUUCUUGCCCAUUGCGGUUUCAAACCAAGGAUAGCAGCAAGUCUGUCGUGGUCAUAUACUGCUACUUCAGUGGAAACGAAGCAUAGGCGCACAAGUCAGCGCUUGCGUUUAGUCAGGUGCCGAAAAUGAAGUGGAAACUUAACCCUAAGGUCGUCCAUGUUCGCUCCGGCUCGAAAAGGUAGAAUCAGUUGUGCAGUAAAAAGUAAUGCGAAAAACUUGCGAGGGCUGGGGAAAGAAAGGCGUCUUAUUUUUCUUUGGCUUGUUCUAUUUUCGCGACGUGCUACAGGUUACGAAAUACUGACAAGCUCAAUAUAUGUCUUCACCACCGAGAGUCAGUUGCCCUUAGCCAGACACGCCCCUCACGUAUCAUGUUUCGUUCCUAAAGUUAUUUCAAAGCACAGAACCAAACCUAAUCAGCGGCCGAAGGCAGAAAAGGGGAUGAGCAAACGGAUGUCACAGCAUAUUUUGCAAGAAACCGGUAUCCUUGUGCCUAUCGGCUCAGGAACGAUUGAUUACUACUAGAAUAAAUACCAGGGUCAGAAUUUGAGUGCUACAAUGGGAGGGAAAGAAGAAAAGAAAACCCUUGGCGCACCUGUUAAGUCUUUUAUAAACUUUCUCGUCCUGACGGUCUCAAAGAAGGGCGUUGUGGCUGCUAUUUAAUUUACAGUGUCUGUUGCAGGAGUCGAAUUAAUCCUACAGCAACUGGAAACGUGGCCACGCCUGCUGAAACUGAGAUUACUUGUAGGAUAUUCGGCUAUAGUUUGGUAUAUUCACGAGCGCGUUUUGUCCAGUGAACUGAGCGCGUAGUUUUUCUUAACGAAGGGAUGGGGUGGGUCAAGUGAAUAUUUCGGGGAACGUUUGCUCUCUUUAGUUGGGGGUGGUGGGGGGGUAUAUUUGUUGAUAUCAGGAGUUCUGGCCUGGAUAGAGUCGUUGUAAAGCUAUUUUUGCUUCGGGGUAUCGGUUUCCCGGAAGCUGAGCAAGGAAAAUUCAAUGGUACAUUUAUGGAAUAAUAAUAGAGAUUCUCAUGGUCUAACAGUGCGAAGAUUAGACUUCUGGUAAGGUGACAACGAUCAAGGCCCGCAUUAUAAUUCAUGAUAAUUGAAGGUCAUGAUGUGGAAAAAGCGACUGAAAUGGUGGAUGCUAUGCAAUCCUCUCGGGUGGGGGCGGGGCACCUGGCCUUAACGGUUGCCCCUUCGACAGAAGGCAAGCAUGCCCAGAUUGUCCACGGGUUGCUAAAUGAGACCGUCCCUUUCUUAGUACCCGUUCCCUGUCUUUUUAUUAGACCCAGGCAAAUUUCUCGAGAUUGCACCAUCAUUUUGGGCUUUUAAGCUUCCAAAGUCCAACAAUAAUAGCGCAUGUUCGCGACGGUUUUUUAAGUCAGUCAAGUUCUUAAACCAGGCCUUAAACGGCCAGUUUUAAGUGUCGAUAACAGUUAAAAAGGCAUACAAGCCCCAUGCAAAAGACAGUGGGAAGGAAGUGCACAUCGGUGAUGGGAAAAAAGGACUAGCCCGCAGUUAUUUAGGGGUGGAUCUUUCGAAACAUUCUUAUACUCUUGGACAGAUAUGCAUUGUUUAAAGUUUUAGACAAACCAGGUGUAAAUUUAUAUUAACAAACUGUUAAAUAUACAUCAGCAAGAUUUUUGCGAAUCCUAUUUUUCGCUGGAGACUAUCGUUUACUGGCUGGUCACGCAAUCAAAGGUAACGUACUUUCCCACGUUUGUUUACUGACCUUUCGCUCGGCAAUACACUGCGUUCGACAAAGGAUCCAAAUUGCGCUGGAAAUGUUUUGCUAUUCGGCCCACUUUUUAUCUCAGGUAAGGCAUUGCAAAGCUGAUUCACUUACGAAGAUUCGAGGGAGAAUUAUUUCUUGAUGUUAUUCUGAUUUCGCAGUCACGGGAAAACAGACCUAGACUCAGGUCCACUCGCAGACGCCAUGCUGCAAUCUUCAAGAUCUCAAGAACAGAAAUUACCCAUUGAACGGCCUCUCCUUUUGAAGAUUGCGUGUAUUUCAUUAAAACAGGUACAUAUUAAAAGAAUCUUGUUAGUUUCUCCCUUUUAACGAGCUCAAAUCGAUGCAUAAAACUAAGGUGACGUGCACGUGUCAAUUGACCCUGGGGUCAAUUAGCAGUUGUUUGGGGCAAAAUAACUUCAAAAUAAUCAAUCUAUUUCACAAGCGUUCGCAAGAACACCAGACUAACUUUCAGAUAAUGUUGAAGUACUAUAUCUCAUUAGUUAGUAAGCGGGAUUUGGGGUGAUUUGGAGAAUUCCCCCAUAUAGAAAAUUCGAUUUUGGUUUUAGCGGUAAAUUGUUGUAUUUAUAAGCAUUAUGCAAAUUACGUUUCAAAAUUCUGCUGGUUCGUCGAUAUUUUAUACUCUAAAUCUAAAAAAGAAGCCAUUCAGAAAUUGUUAGAUAUCUGCUUUUUGAGAUUUAAGUGGAAGAUUGGCAAUAUAUUCGCUCGUUUAUGAAAUUCAGCUCAUUUCUGUCGCUAGGCUAUAUUGCCGUGUUCGGCGGCUAAUUUUAGGCCCGCAGACCGUUGAAAUCGAAAAUCUCAAAUAAUUCCCAAACUCGGCCGCAUUUUGAAAAUUAAACCUCAGCAGUGUUAUAAACUCAUUAAAACCUUAUUACAGACUGAAAAUGAGAGUAAGUUAGGUUUUGAGCUGUGGCCACGAUUUGCCGAUUUUGCUCGAUUUUUCUGUGCAUUCGCUCUUAAUGUCAUUUUAAUUUUAUUAUAUUAUUACAUUGAUAAUGGUUUCUUGUUUAUGCUACAUAGCUCCAAGCAAAGAUAAAUUAUCACCCUCCAGUGGCAGCUCUGUAAAGGAAUCUUCAACUACCAAAAAAUCCUCAUCAUUGGUAUCUGCAACUUCAACUUCAAAGUCCACUAGAAAAGCAUCAUCUGAUGAGAAUAAUGCAAAGGGAAAUGACAGUGAAGGUAAUUCAUUCUGGUCUUCAUUUCUUGGGGACUCAGCUCCCGUGAAAAGUGAGUCUAAAACUUCAAGUCGAAGGUCUGCUGCAGGAAGAAAACUUGGCUCUAGGGUGAGUAGGACAACAAGAAGAAGUGUUGAUGGAAAUGAGACUGCAACACCUAGUGAGAAUUCUUCAAAUGAGAAAGAAAAUCUCUCAUCUUCAAGAACAUUUAAACAAGAUGGAAAGAGUGAGGAUAGCGUCAUCAACACAUUCAAAUCUAAUACACAUUUAUCAGCAUCAAAAUCUAAUAAAAAGGCAGAUGAAACAGACAGUGUUUCUAAUGCAUUGCAUGAAAAAAGUGGAAAGAAAACUAAGGUACCUGUAGUUGAGGAUAGCAGAGAAGAAAAUGUUAAGUAUCAUGUACAGGAAUCUACUGUCAAGACUGUUGAAAGUGGUAAUGCAAUAGAGUCAAAGGAUUUAAUUGUCUCUGAUGAAAAGAGCUUUGACAGUAAUAGUGAUAAGCUAGUUAAAGAUUCACUGGGGGAUGACAACACUGUUUUGUUGAACAAUUCUGCUAACACAAGCAGCAGAGGACUUAAGGAAAGAAAUCUUAAAACUGCUUGUGAAGAACCAGUAUUUUCAGAAGGGAGACAAAGUGAAGGUCAAAACUUAGUCACAAAGAGUACUGUAGAUACAGCAGAAAAACUUUUAAGUGAGGAAUUACAUAGGACUGAAAAGAAAGCGAAAGGAGUGGAACACUCAGUCGUUACUAUAAAAUCACAAGAUGCCGAGGAGGUUGAAUCACCCAGUAUGAUAAACAGCAUGAAGUCAGGAAGUACAGUAGAUCAUGAUCAAAAUUGUACAGAUUCAACAGACAAUAUUGUUGGCGCAGAUACAGCCAUACAGGAAGUUUCAAAUGAAAUAGCAGAGAAAGAGAAAUUUGUGGAGGUUGAACCCCUUGCCAGUUCUACACCAAAUCACUUUUUAAAGGGAUUAUCUGUGAUGUCUGGCAAAGAAGUGAACCCUACUGAUGAAGAGCUACCUUUAAAAUUUGGCGAAUACAGUGAGAAUUUGUCAGUAAUCAAGGAGAAUGACUCCGAACUUCCAUUAAGUGGAUUAGAAGAAAAUGAACUAGUUUCACAAGAUGUAAAAAAUGAGCAAUCUGAAGAUAGGUUUCAAAGUGAAGAAGUACCUUGUGAGGGAAUGAAAAAUACUGCUGAAGACAGAUUGCUUUUGCAGCAAUCCAGUGGUGAGUAAUUGGCAUGAUACUUACUGAAAUAGUUUGAAGAAGUGGUGACAUAGAAAACUUAAUUUAUGAAAUAAUGUGGGAUUGGGUGGAAUAAUCAGAAAGAACAGGAUGAAAAAAUACCCAGUUGCCUAAAAUCAGUUUGCUAGUAAAAAUUGGUGGUGAGAGAUUAGCACUGUAACUGUUAGGAUCUGAUGACUAUGAUAAUAUAAGUUAGAUUAUUAAAUUUAGUGUCAAAUACACAGGAAGUGGUUACCUUGCCUCUCAAUGCAGAGGCUCAUGUUUUAAAUGUUUAUACAAAUCCUUAUUUUAAAUUGGCUUGGAUCGUAUCUUAUCCUGGUCAGAUUUAGAAGAAUUGUCAUGGAGUCAUCAGCCCAUGACAAUAUGUAUACAGUAGCUGUAUCUCACUGGCAAUUUUCCCUAACGUGCUUAUUUUUGGCAAGUGGACAUCUUGCGUCUUUUUUUUGAAUAUCCUAACCAAUCCCAUAAUAUUAGUAAGAGCUUCAAAUUUGGUGCCAUCACCCCUCUUUUAAUAUCAGUCAUGAUCUGGGUUAAAUAUUAAGUAUUGUUUUGUUAUGUGGCAAUACAUGUACUUGAAUCCUCAUCCAAUGUCAUUGGACAUCAUGAUACAUACAUAGUACAUACAUGCAUACAAUUCAUACAUAAAUACACUGUUUAGCCAUUACGACACCUGAAGGAGGCUAUCCUCCCUAUAUUAAGAUUUCUCCUUACAGAUAACCCACCCAGCCCAGGAAAGGUUGGCCACACCACUGGGGUCUACGUCCCCUACUCUUUUCAAACAGCAGUUUGGAUUGAUUUACAUCCCACAAAAACGAGAUAAGUGAAUCCAAAGUGCCGUGAGAUGGACCUGUACAAUUUUUUGUCUUCAUUUGAGAAGACUAGAAAGUGUAACCGUUUACAGAUUACAAAGGCAGCACUUUCUUCUCAGUUAUGUAAAGACCCUGAUUGCUGGUCUGGCCGGGGUUUGAACCAGUGACCUCCCAACUGAGCUAACCAGGCGGCGGUAAAUAGGAAUCUUUUUUUUUCCACACAGAGAAUGCAUAUAAAGAACUGCCUCAAAAAGGCAGUUUAUGAAAUAAAAUGUAUUUAAAUUGUAUUUUGAAAAGAGGUUUCUUUGUGUUAAAAGAUUUUGACCAAUCAUUAAGAUUGCAGAAAAAUGCCAAAAUAAUUUUACCAUUUCACAUGUUCUUCACAUAAGAUUUCAGUGCUAUUUAGCCUCAGAUAAGAUUUUGUUAUGAAAAAUUUAAUAAGUAUACAAAGUUAUGUAAAGUUUUCCUAAAUUUUGCUGUUUAAACCAACAGACGUAUACAGACAAAAGUAAAAUUAGCAACUGUUUGCAUUCUGACAUGCAUGUUCAUCACCGUUAUUGCUUUCCUUCUUAUCUGAACUAUUACCUACAAGUAAUCGUUUUGUAAAACUGCUACAUUAUUAAUGGACAGUAUAAUCUUCUUGCAGCAAUUCUGUUUAAAGACAGACAAAUGACUGUUGUAAUUUUAAAAUUCACCAAAGUGAUUAAUUGUUAUUUGUUUGCUGUCUCAUUUCCUCAGAGAAUGUUGUAAUCAAAGAAAACAAAGAAGAAACUAAGAACAAGGCCAUAAAAAUUGAUCAUGAAAACUCUACAGAGAGCUCAGAAGACUUGAAGCAGAAGAUAGAGCAUUUGCAAAAUGCAAGUAAACACAUAACUUAAUUUGACCUGGACUAUUGCAAUAAUUAUUAUUUGAUUAACCAACAUACUUGAUGUACAAUUGCUUAAAAAUUGUAUUUUUAAAAUACAUGGUCUGUUAUAGCAAAUAACACAUCAUAAUCAGAAAUUGAUUUUUUAAAUUAAUUUUUGCAGGAACUUGAUAACCUGACACAUGUUGUUGAAGUACGUGAGAGUAAACUUGUUCAGCUAAGUAAAGAGAAUGUUGAUCUACAGGAAACAGCAACUAUCCUUAGAAGGUUUGUACCAACCAUUACAGUCAGUUAUUUGCCACAUUGGACUUAAGAGGUAAUCACUGCUGUGUGCUGUUCUUCUAAAGUGAAGGUUAUGCUCUGUGGGAAAUUAUUUAUGCUGACUGGCUUAUUUGAGGGUGAAGAUGUACUUUUUUGCGCGAUGUUAAUGACGUUUUCACCCUAGAGUACUUUUACAUGUAAUAACAUUUUAGCAUCAACUAAGAAUAAUAUUAUUGUUAAUUUUAUUAUUUUUUUUGGAAGCUUGUUUUGAUUAUUGUUUACAUCACUUAUCCAAAAAUUAUAUUAUGCUGUUAAAUUUGUUUUAACUUUUUUACACAUGUAGAACAUCCAGAAGCUAGUGUUUAUGUACAAGAAAGAAAUAAGACACCACAAUACAGGGCUUCUGAUAAUUUAUUUUGGACGGUCGCAGAGCCAUGAAAUUCAGGUAAAUCCGUAAAAUUCCCAAAACGCUCAAAAUACCACAAAAUUCGGUUGAAAUCUUAUCAAAUACAUGUCUGUAGAACUUAAUUAUUUGAAACUUAUCUCAGCUAUUGGGGCUGUUUACUUGCUGUAAAAUUUAAUGUGCAAAUUUGUUACUGAAAUGAGCAAACAAUGUCCAAAAACUACCAGGUGAAGAUUAUGUUGCAAACACCUGGGUACUAGCCAUGAUGUUGAAAGCUUUGCCUCUGGUUCAUUUCUGGAGUGUAUAUUGUUGUCGAAAGAACGAACGAUUGAUCUCUGUUAAGGAAACGUUAAAAACGCUGGUCUUAUCAGCGGAAAAAUGAUCGAUUUCUAGUGAAAGGGCCCUAAAAAUUCCCACAAAAUCGGCCAUUUUUUUAUUGUUUUUCGGCAAAGUUUGUCCCUGAAAAUCCCAAGAAAUUUGACUUUUUACUUCCAUGACCUAUCAGAAGCCCUGUAAGUACCUUUACAACUUAAGUAUUGGCUUGAUUUUGGCCACUCUCUCUCGAGUGUGCCCUGGAAGAGAUGAAGAGGAGCACAAGUUCAUUUCCUACAGUGUAAAUAGUUGCUGGAAAUCAAGCCUUAUCCUGUAAGCACAGUGUAGGAAUCAUGGAAAAUAAUGCCUGUCCCUGACUUCCAAACUCAGUUUUUUCCUUUGGACUACAAUCAUGACAUGAAUUAUUGUAUAUAUACCGUAUUUAUUUGAUUAAGCGCCCAACCUCGAAUUAGCGCCUACCUCAAGUAAGCACCCAUCCUAAAGGCAGAAAAAUUUAAUAAGUGCCCAGCCUCGAAAAAGUGCCCACCCCACCCUACUCCCUCCCACAAAAACUCCAAUAAGAGAUAAUAAGAGACCCUCCCGAAGACGGAGUCUUCUUCGGAGUAUUUUACAGAAACCUUGCUUUGUUGCAUCUUCGCUUUUUGUAAUUAGCAUUUACUGUUUUGUUGCAAAAUAUGCUACUACACUUGCUGAGAAUGGUGAAAAUUUAAUAAGCGCCCACCUCGAAUAAGCGCCCACUCUCAAGGUCAAAAAAUUUAAUAAGCGCCCAGGGCGAUUAAUCAAAUAAAUACAGUAUCCAUCCUUCAGAAGGUACUGACUUGCCUUAAUUUUUAUAGUCAACUUAAACAAGCUGAGGAUGCAUUAAAGACAGAAGAUGAAGAAAUUGAAGAAGUCAGGAAAGAAUUUACUGUUCGAGUAGCAGCCACAGAAAAGAAGUUUCAUGCUGCAGCUAAGGUUUGUAUAGUAUUUUCAUGACAACAAUUAUACAAGUAUUGCAGGUCAAAGAGAACUUUAGAAAAUUUUUGUGUCCUAUUUUUUUUGUAUUACUGAGUAAACAGUUAAAAGUUUGUACUAGAGGCAAAUGCAAACAUCCAAGAAUUGUGUGAUUUUCUACCAGCUUAAGGCUGUCCAGUGCAUAACACAGUGUUUGUAAAUAGUCUUGCCUUGUGAGCUGCAACAACAGUGAUUAUGUUGCAACAGCAAUGAUUAUGUGUGUGUCUUCUUCUUGUUUGUGGCUCAUUUGAAUGUUUCGUUUUGGAACAAGCUGCUAAAUUGUCAUUGUUUGCUCCAUCUCAAAGAUCUUAGCUAAGUAUAGUUUAGCUACUCUAAAAUUCGAGUCAAAAUAUUAAUAAAGGUUAUGUAUACUUGUAUGUCCAUCUUAGGAGAGAGAUCAGUUAAAGGCACUUUUGGAACAAACAGAAAAAUCUCUGAGUUCAAGGUUCGUAGAGAUGAUUUAGUAAUAAUAAUUGCCGGUGCUAAUUAUAACAUACUAGCGUAUACAUAGCCAAAAGUUGUGUACAGCUGUAGAAAGGAUGAUCAGUUAAAUUAAGUCAAAAAUAGUCAGAAAGGCAAUCUGAACAGAAGGAAAACCAGUUAGCAUUUAUGUAAUCUACUCAAUCUAAUCGACUUUCUCAUUAAUUAUGCAUAAUUACCAGCACACCUAGCCUGCGCGCAGACGAAAUUAAACUCUGGUUAACUAAUCAGAGUUUAGUUAUCGUCUGCACGCAGGCUACAGCACACCCUGAUCAUAGAAAUAGUGAAUUAUAUCAAGGUACAGUGGAACCUCAAUUGAAUUAAGUGCCAAGGGAUUGGGGAAAUUUGUUCAUUAUAUCGAGGGUUCGUUAUAUCAAAAACUUUGAUUUAGCGAACUUUUGGGAAAACAAGCAAAAUGCUCUUUAUAUUGAGGUGUUAGUUAAUGAUUAAUUUCCAAUGCCCAGCAUUUCCGGUUUUGAACAUUUUCUGUAAUAACAUUAUUUUGUAUACAAAACUGUUGUCUCAGUUCAGAGCUGUACAUAGCUACAGCACCAGAAACACAAGAACAGGCAAACAAAACUGCUUAAAACUACAGUACACAUAACCUUUAUCCUCGCUGUUCUGUUUCGCAUUCAUCUUUAGCUAUCUUGCGGUCACAUGUUGACAUUUAUUCGUUAUAUCGAAGCAUACAUGUUUUUUUUUGUUUGCGAUUCUGGAUUGUGUUUGCUAUAACGAGGAUUUCAUGAAAUUGAGGUUCUAUUCCAUACGUUUUAUUAUAAUUUUGGCCGGGCUGAAGAAAAUCGCUCGUUAUAACGAGGACUUCGUUAUUAGGAGAUGAAAUAAACCGAGGUUCCACUGUAAUAGACAAAUAUGACCAGAUAUCUCUGAUAAUCUCCAUUAUAAGCCCUCUCUCUUUUUUAAAGGCUCCGUCCUCAUUAACCCCUCUCUGAUUUUAAACAUUCAUAAAUUAUUAAGCCUCUACUGUGAAAUGAAUCCUCCCCAAACCCUACUCAAUGGCAAUGAUUUGAACUGUCUACUUCUAAAUACAGGUGUGAUAACUAAUUAAAAAUAACUUAACUCUUUGGAAAGAAAAACACUGUAUUCAGUGAUACGCAUUGCAUUAACCCAAAAGAUUCAGGGUAUUAGAUAAUUAUGUGACUGUUGAAAUUGUAAAAACAUGGAAUGUGUGCCCCAUAAUGAUACUGCUUAGCUAAGGAAUUGAAGCUACAAUGUUAAUGUAAGUGAACUGCCAAGGGUGUUCGUGUACUCCAUUUAUAGAAUACAGUAUGUCCUGCCUCUCUAAUAAGCUCCCCUCAACAAUGAGCCGUGACAAUACAAAGGACGGCUGUGAAGCAGACUAUAAUAACCCCCCUCAAAAAAGACUUGAAAGACCCCUGGAUGGUGUAUUCAUUGUCCACUCCGUUACACAGGGAAGCUAAUGUAUUGAUCCGUACAGGCACACGAAGUCCUAAAUAGAUGUACAUGUACUCCUGCCUUUUUGUCAUUGCUGAUUCAUAUUUAUCCACGUUUUAUAUUUUGCUCAUGGUAAUAAAUAUUUCUAUGUUAUUUUUUCAUUUCUUGUGUUUGCCAAUUCAUGGGCUUCUAUGUGUAAGACUCUUUUUAAAGCAACGUGAACUGAGUGUUGAAUUUUCUAUAGGAAUGAUCGGCAAGCUGAAGAGUUCACAACUCUCCUCAAGGAAAAGGAUGAUCAAAUUGCUCAAUUAUUAGAGGAAGGUAAUGAUUGAUAUUAAAAUAGUUUUAUUAUAUAGACUGCCAAUAAUGCAUGUUUACCCUUGUCUAACAAUCGCAUAAAACUGGUUUUGCAAAUUUAUUUUUCAAAUUUACAGCUAGUGCAGCUGAAAGAUACCCUUCAAUUUCAAAAUUUUAGUUUAUUUCAGUUAAAAAUAAAACAUUAACUCAAGCUGUCCCACAGCCAAGCAGCAAUCAAACUUUUCUUGCCCCAGGUAGUUGAUGAACCCAGUAAUUCUCAGUACUUUGUAACUUAAACUGAAUGACAUACCCUCACAUUGACUGAUCAUUUUAUCAGGUGAAAAGUUGUCUAAACAAGAGCUUCAAAUCAAUAACACAAUAAAGAAACUCAGAGCUAAGGAAAAGGAGAAUGAAGUGCUGAUUAAGAAGAACAGGUACGAAAUUUAAAAAAGUCUUCUUCCUCUUGCCCUCAGCUGCCUUUGAAAUGAAAUGUUUUGCAGUGCAUUAAUCCCUAUCGACUGAUCGAGAUUAAGAUAACUGCUCCUGCUGUCGUUUUCACCAUCCAUUUUCUCUGUUUUUUCUCCUUUACUAACGUUAAGAUGUAAAUAACAAAUUUCAUUUUCAAUCAAUAAUGGGUACUGCGGGUAUACCACCAUCGGUUGCGAGGACACGAGACAAAAAAAAAGGUAUUCUAAUUAGGGUGUCAGACAUGUCGUGUUUUGCCGCCAAACAUUUGAAGUUUGACAGCCGUUGAAGCAAACUGUCGCACCGAAGGUAAGUUGUUUAUAUGUUUUUGAGCAGCUUGUUAAGCUCAUAUUUCAUUUUUCCCAACUUUCAGGCAUAUUUCUCGCUCAGAAACAGCGCACUUGCCUCCAGAAUAUUUUGUUGAGCGAAAACAAAUCAAGUCUACAACAGCCGCCUACUUCAUAUGAUUGGCGGCAAAACAUGUCAUGUUUUCACCCAAUUAGAACAUUUUUUUUUUCACGUGUACACGCGUAGAUUUAACUGACGGUAUCAUCAUUGCCAUUGUCAUCCUCAUCCUCAUCAUCAUCACUGUCAUGAUCAUUUAUUAAUAUACUGUAGCCUCAUCACUAGUAGUCUCCUUCGCAGCCGCUCGUGCCUGAGUCAUGUAAUGCCUCCCCCCAUCCCCCCCCCCCCCCCUCCUCUCCCCCCGUGGGGGCGGGAAGGGGAGCUUGCGUGACCCCGGGCCGAGUGGCUGCGAAGGAGACUACAUCACUAGUUCUGGUUAAUAUAGUAUCAUUAGUUAGCAUGACCCCUUUUACAUGUAAGCUGACCUCUCUUGUCAUCUCAACUUGCAUUGCGAAUAAAAGGUUACUGGGCUUGAAAAACCAUUUUAACAUACUGUGUUUACAGCAAAGAUCUGGAAGACAUGACAGCUGAAAACACCAGGCUCACAGAAAUCCUAAAAGUGAAGGAUGAAACUGAAAGGAAGCAAGCAGGUACUUGGUUAUUGGACUAGUUUUGUAUUAUAAAACAAUGGUGUUACAUGUAGGACAAAAUCAUCUUGAGCGGCAUUUUACUUGGGAAUGAUAGGAAUUUUUGUUAUAAUAGUUUUUCUAUGCUUCCGCACAAGAAACUUGAACAGAAUGACGGACAAAAGAAUCGGAGACACCCCCUUAGAAUGGCACCUUUUUCGCAUAGUAGACAUAAUAUCUAUCCCUUCCCCCUGUGUAGUACCCCUCCCCCCAGUCAAUGUUGUCUUUUAAACCCUCAUUGAAGUUUUCAGCUACAAACAACAUUGAUUCAAGGGUGGGCAGUUGACGGCCUUUAAACAGAGUUAUAUGAUCAAUGAAUGAAAUUUUUGAUUAAAGUGCGUGUUUUUGACAAGUGCGUCGAAAGCGCUACUUUAGUCAUUGAUUAUACAAUGUUAGGCCUAGACCAAAUGACGAACCAAACUUAGUGAGUUAAUUUCAUGAACAGUUCGACGUCUGGCUCAGUUAAGUUUGUUUGAAUGAGUUUGGAUCGUUCUAUACGUUCUGUCCGUCUGCAUGAACCCAAAAGUUCAUCAGUGACGUGUUUUAGAUAUAUGUGAUUGUGAAAGGUAUGAACCCAGGAGUCAUUUCAAAAGUAGGUUGAGUUUGAUCAUCCAGGUGAACGUAGUCAUAUGGGCGAAUCUUUGUUUACACUUUUUGCCUCAUUAACAUAUGCUUAUCACUAUCUGAUGACGCUAAUAAAAUAAAAACUCUGAAUAUUGAAAGAGCAUAACAGUUUCAGUUAUCCCUGAAAAUUUGAGCCCAAAACGCCGAAUGGUUUCGGAGAAAUUCUCUUCUGAAAACUCGAAAUUUUACAGAGAAUGUAUGGCUCGUUAACUUUUUUGCCACACAGCAAUUUCGCAGUUUUUGAUUGCCGAUAUUUCUUUCAAUAUUGCUUGCAAAGAGCUGGAAAUUGCACAAAUUGCUCAACUUAAUCAGCUCUUUCAACUUUUGCAUUUGGUUCAUAUAUACGGCCACGGCUUCUGUGAGUUAAGUCGUAUGCUAAUGAGGAAAAAUGUAAACAGUGACGUCAGCAAAGAUUCGCCUAUAUGUGACUGUUGAAAAUGAGGUUGUAAAAACAUGGAAUGUUUGCCCUAUAAUGAUACUGCUUAGCUAAGGAAUUGAAGCUACAAUGUUAAUGUUAGUGAACUGCCAAGGGUGUUCGUGUACUCCGGUUAUAGAAUACAGUACGUCCUGACUCUCUAAUAAGCUGCCCUCAACAAUAAGCCGUGACAAUACAAAGAACGGCUGUGAAGCAGACUAUAAUAAGCCCCCUCAAAAAAGACUUGAAAGACCCCUCGGAGAAAAUUUAGUAAAAUUGCUUUUUGGUCUGAUUCAGUUGAUUGGUUCGACGCAUCCUAAGUUUGACGUCUGACCCAACAGACGAUCUCAACUUAAUUUAGGGUCGACCCAAAUUAGAGUUAGGUUCGUCUCAUGAAAAGUUCGACGUUUGGCGUAGGCAUUAAGAAUGUCAUGAUUUAUGUUUAAAAAUUCCAAUACAGGUGUAAUUACUAGCCUGAAAAUGAGUAUGUUUGAGUUCAAAUGUAUGCUUUCCACUUUUUAUAUACUCAGUAUCUUUCAAUACCAUACCUGCCCAAGAUUAAUUAUAGGAAGAUGCAUUUAAAUCAAGGACAAUUUUGAUGCUUACCACAUACGAAUGUCCUGACAACCGGAGAUACGUCUGCGUAUCCUACAAGUACGCCCAAGUGUUCUCUUUAAUUUGUUACCAUGGGAAAAUAAGUUACAUUUCGCAUAGGAAUGAAAACUAAGUUUUGAAAUUAUGUAGGGUUCCUUUUUUGAGGUUUCUUUCUUAAAUAAAUUAUUGUAAAUGGUCUCUUUGUUUAAUAAGCAUGCUCCGUAUUUAUCACAAUCGUCCUUGCAAGUGAAUCACUGUUACAAAGUAGCCUAUAAAGUAGACUGAUCGUGAAUCAAAAUUGUGUUGAAAAUUCAUCAGUUUUAUUUUGUUUUUGUUGUUCAGAUGCUAUAGCAAAACUGAAUGCUUAUGUUGAAAAGCAAGAUGAGCAAGUUAGUAAGUUAAAGGUGAGUACAAAAAGUCACAUUAUUUUAUUAAAAAGUCUUCAAAUUUGCUUUUUAACCGGUCCGUCUUGAACGUACGCAGUGGUGAAGUUUCGCUGGGAUUUUUUCAUCAUUAUCUUUCCUAUUUCUGUUUAGUAUAUACUAAAACUACAGUGGAUAGUAUUUUUCGAGCGCUCUGAUUGGCUACUCAAUCAGUGAAUAUUCUUCACUAUUUACUGAUUCACCUCCAGUUUCUCCGAGCGAGCGACGCCAAACUCACGUAAGUUGCGAGCAAAAUGCCUUCCCGGUUUGCUGCUGUAUUAUAGGUUAGGUCUUUUGGCCUUGACCCCCACCCCACCCUACUUGGUAAGGUUUAAAUUCUGGUCGUGUCACAGGAUUUCGUAUGCCUUCUUUCUCUCGUCCUUCCCUCAUCGUUUUCUCGUUUUGCCUCUAUUUUUCAUUCGCUUGGCUUUGUACCACAAAAGAAAAACAGACCAAAAAAACCGCGUGUUGCGCAGGCUACACUAGCGUUUGGCCGUUUUAACUGAAGAAGCCGUUUACAACGGAUCGUUAUUUUGAAAUCUUUAAAUCUUUUUCCUCAUCCGUUUUCUAUGUGCAUUAAACGUGUAGAGAAAGGUUAACCUAUCCGUUAAAAAAAUAGCUAGAGGUGGAUAUAUACCUCGCUGCUUCGCAGCUCGGUAGUUAUUAGCCACGACUAGCCAUUUCCUCUUCGGUGAAUAAUUGUUAUUUAUUCUCUUUGGCUCAGAAAGAGCGUCGUUGGCCACAAGUUCAGUGAAACCAAUUGUAUUUGUGUAAAGAUACUGAGUAAUAUUGUCUCGACCAUUUUCAAGUUGAUCUUGACCUUUGGAAACUUGAUUAAUUUUACUAGCAUUAAACACUAACGUUUUUUAGGAUGACAAAUUAAUGAUUGCUUUAUCGAUCUAUGAUUCAAAACGUUUCCUUUCUGGGUUUUUUAGUCUGAGCUAGAUGAUUCAGCUGAGAAGAUAAGAAGCAUGCAAACUGCACUGGACAAUGCUUACAAGUGAGUGGUGAUAUAUAAUUAGCACUUUUGGAAGCUAAGUGGAGGGCUUUAAAUACAGUUUUCUUAUAGGCACUGUGGUGAUAGCCUGCGAAAACAUCUGUUUCUCCUCGCUCUUCGCCGCCGGGGACGUUUCGCGAGGAGGAACGUCUGCGACUCAGCGACAGAAUUUCCAUACUGAUGACGUAAAUCAAUGUUUACAUAAUAAAUCCGGUAGUCAUGGGGUUCCAAAUACAAAUUUGUCCAAUUUUACGUGUCUUCUGGUCGAUUUUGGUAAAGUGUUGUGUUCAUCUGCCAACGAGCUCCAGCAAAGUCAAAUGCUUCUUCUAGAGAAGACUAUAUUCCACAAAUAUUGACUGUUUUGUUAGAUAUUCUUCGCGUUUACAUUUGACCUUUGUGGCCUUUUGUCUUUUGUCUGUCAUUCGUAAACAAUAGCUAAAACAAUGUAACUACUCCGUCGACCAAUCAACGAGUCUGACCGGAUUCCGGAAAGAUUUUACGUCAUCAGUAUGGAAUUUCUGUUGCUGAGUCGCAGAGGUUCCUCCGCCCGAAACGUCCCCAGCGGCGAAGAGCGAGGAGAAACGGAUGUUUUCGCAGGCUACUGUGGUGAUAGCCAAAAGCGGUAGUACCCACUCGAAAAUGUAAAGACUAUGAUUUAAAAUCACGAAUAUCUGUUCAAAGCAACUCUCUCCAUAGGUUAGGUCUUUUGGCCUUGACCCCCACCCCACCCUACUUGGUAAUGUUUAAAUUCUGGUCGUGUGACAGGAUUUCGUAUACCUUCUCUCUCUCGUCCUUCCCCCAUCGUUUUCUUGUUUUGCCUCUAUUUUUCAUUCGCUUGGCUUUGUACCACAAAAGAAAAACACCAAAAAAACCGCGUGUUGCGCAGGCUACACUAGCGUUUGGCCGUUUUAACUGAAGAAGCCGUUUACAACGGAUCGUUCUUUUGAAAUCUGUAAAUCUCUUUUCAUCAUCCGCUUUCUAUGUGCAUUAAACGUGUAGAGAAAGGUUAACCUAUCCGUUAAAAAAUAGCAUGCGCUUUACGUUUGGAUAAAACGUGUAGAUGAUUAGCCUGCGUUGCAGCCGGCCCGCGCACUCGUCUAAACUAUACUGAAGGUUUAGAGCGUCUGCGACACAGGCAAGUAGAUGGUUAGAUUCUUCGUUUAACUUCCAUCUGUUGAACAGCUUUUACCCAGAGCAAGCUUAGAAAGAAGUUUCUUGAGUUUCGAGUCCAGAGUUUCUGGUCGAUAAAUGUGUUAAGCUUGUCGCUUGACCAAACUGGAGAAACAAAUUCAACAAACGGAUCGCACUGUACGUAAAAGUUUUUUUGGUCGUCCGCCUCGAAGUUGUUAUCCUUUCUAAUCCCUCUCAGGGUUCUAUCUAGGAUUUAUCGUGUGGGGGAGAAGUCCUGAGUGGGCGAAGGCGACGGGCUUCCUAGGGGUGGUCCGGGGGCAUGCCCCGGAAAUUUUUUGAAAUGAAUAUGCGCUGAGAUGCAAUCUGGUGCAUUUUGAGACACAAUUUUGAGAAAUGUUUCGGUUUGUGCACUGACUUCGUCGCAUCUGGAUGAUUUUUCCGAUAUCUUUAAUUAUAUACUGAAAUGAUAACAAUAUUAUUUGGGGGAGGAGGGGGUGGGGGAGCUUCUACCCCUCAAAUACCCUAGAUAGAACCAUGCCUCCCUCUUCCAAUGCCGUUUUCAAAAUACAAACUUUACUGGUGCAGUGCCAUGGAAAUGUCGUAGUCAAUUUUAAGUAUUGUAACGCUUUGAAUUUAUUUUAGACAACUGACAGACCUACAUAAAGAAAAUGCAUCCAAAGAUAGCGCCGUUCAGGUAUGUGACUUUUAGUGCAACGAAAAACAACGCGAUUGAAAAUUCGCAAAUGUCGGGUUACCAUUUGAAGGCCUACUUGUCCAUACACUUAAAAGUUGAAUAACAAUUUUACGACUGCAAGUUUUUAAAUCAAGAAACCCCGUCCACUAUUAUACCUUCUUGGGUGAAAAUGAAUGAUCUUUUCUUUGUUUUGUAGUAUGUAGACUACGAAGUUUUGUUGUGUUUAUUAGGAAGCAGCUCUAAGCGCUGAGAUAAACGCUAAGGAAGGCUUAAGAAUUGCUAUGGAAAAGAAAGAACGGCAGUUUAAGAAAGAAAUUGAAACUCUAGAAUUCCAGGUAAGAUUUGAAAUUAAGUGGACCAUCAUCUGUUUUCUUUUAUAGCAUGUGUAGCACCCGUUCCCGUUUCCUUUUAGCCGGUCAAGCGAAGCGCGAUUCUCUCCAUGCCCUCGCGUGUCUCCCGCUCGUCGCCCUCGCGAAACUCGCAUUUCUAACAGGAAAGCCAAACGGCGGCUGUUACGCACAUUACUCAUGAUGUAUAUAGUACCGAACAGCUAAAAACUCCUUUCCUCGCUAUUUUUGUUGAAAAAUUCUGAUUAUAAAGUCAAAAUUUACGAGCAUUGUAGCGUCUAUUAGUGUCUCACAGUCGUCUUUGGCGAAUGAACAUUAGAAAUUUCGUUGUAUUUGGUCAGCUAUACCCCUUCAAUUAAAUAACAUGCCGCAGCUCUCCUUGAGGAGGAACGGCACAGUAUGACCCAGUAACAAGCCAUGGCACCUCAUUCAGAUAUCAUCUAAUAUGCGCAAAUUUCCACAAUUUGCGCAUUUCUGUUCUUUUAGUUUCUUCACACAAAAGCCGUAAAAUAUCUUUCAAGGAAAGGUUUUGAAAAUGACUCUAAUAAGCGCCACAUUGUCAAGUAAAUACGGUACUGUAGGAGUUUAUUGAUGGAUUUUGUUGUUGUUUUUUCAAUAGAUAAGUGAUCUUCAGACCAGUCUGCGACGCGGCGAGCAGCAAACCAACAGAAGAGAGGACAAUCUUCGACAGGAAAUAAGUGACAUGCAGCAGGUAUGUCAUGUCAGAUGCCAUAUAACCUUGGUAUAAAUUGCUAUAAAGUGUUUACGAGUUUCAAAAAGGAAUGAAACGUGUAUAAUCCUUCUGUGCUACUUGUCGCGACUCGUCUCAGUCCUCUGGGUGAAGCUUCCAACCCGGCAGCGGGAGAAAUGUCGGAUGGGUUGCUCCUUCACCUUGUUCCCCUAAAACCUGAUUCUUACUGAAUACAGCGCCCGGAAAAGAUCACAAGACUAAAUUAAAGUUAUACAAGAUGAAAAUAGUUAGCCUGAAUACAGACCCCACCUCCCCUUCUCCGAUUUUUCCUGAAAGAAAAGGAAGGGGUGGCCUGUGCACAGGCUACAAAAUAGUAAAAUAAACAUAGUAAAGUCUCACCAUCGCUGGUUCUUUAUUGUUAACCCUCUCAGUAACUGUUAGUUGUUUUGUUUGAACAGAGAUUACAGGAAGCAGAAUCUCGUAAUCAAGAACUGACUGAAAGUGUUACCCAUGGUAUGUAGGGCAAAGCUAAUUAAACCGCUGUUGACGCCUGUUGGCUCAAUAUUAGAAACCUUUAGACCUUUGGGACGAUGACGACGAGAUUUGACGCAACGUUUUUCGCGUGCUCUUCAAAAAUUGACGUCCCGGAAAGCUUCAUUUUAUUUAUUUAUUUUUUUUCAAAAGAACAGUUUACACGGUCUCUUUUAUUUUAGGGGUUGGGGAGGGGGGGAUUAAGCCCUCCCCUGAUCGCAAAAUGAUGAAAACUACGAAUGUUUCAUAACUUGUGUCCGUUAUUACAAUAUUUUGGAUAAAACCUGUAGUAUAAUGACGACGGCGAUCACUUUUUCCGCCAAAAUGACGCUGACGCGUGCGCAAUACUCAGUAUUGAGAAAAUCACAUUUAUUACGCAAACUGAAGGACUCGAGGGUAUUUCAUUCAAAUUCUGUUCUUGUAGAAAGCUGGAAAAUAAAAAUCCCCGAAUUCAGACGGGACCGUCUUCUCUACGUGCUCUACGUGAUCACGCAAAAGUCUUUCCGUCUGCAGGUCAAAGGCUUAACAUUGUGGGAUUUUCCGAAAGGCUCGUUGAAGAUUUAAUGUUGUAUCGAACUGAAGAAGGGGAACUGAAAGGAGGGCUAUCUCUUUUUAACAUUUGUUUUCGUCUUACGCAGCUACCAGACCACUGUUGCGACAGAUUGAAAACCUACAAAACAGCUAUGGUAACCACACACAGACCUGGGAAAGAGUGGAAAGGAAUUUGACGGACAGGCUUAGUAAGUGGAAACCUAACUAUAUUCAGAAUAUGUUGAAAGGCUACAUUCUAUAUGUUUUUUCUCUUCUAUUUUACAAUAUCCACAGUUUUGCAAACAGACCACACUCCUGGUAAGUAUUUCUUAUUUGGCCAAAGAUUUAACUGUAAGUGAAGGAGGGGAUCUGGCUUGCUGAGUUGUGGAAAUGACAGAGAGCAGAAAAAUAUCGACCUUUUAGUCCUUCAUAGUCCAGAAUGAUAGUAGUCCCUAUAAAUCAAGACGAUUCGACGGGUAGUUUUGAUUACAUUGCACACUGAAUAAUGAUCAUUAUUAGCUAUCUGAGUUGAUGGUAUUGCUUUAAGUUAUCUUUCUCUUUCUUUUAUAGACGAGGCUCAUUUUAAGGUAUGCAAUUGUAGCAUACACCCAAUAAUGAACAUUCGAAUGGUAGUCGAGGUUCAUUAUCGAGUAUUCGAGUGAAUGUCGCUAUUGAUAAUGGACCUCCUUUUGUAAGACAAGGCAUAUUACUAGAGCGUGAUUUAGUCCCAUAACCGAUAAUGCUCCUUCUAUUAUUAGAUGAAGCUCAGAUUCAACUAGCAGAGGCCCAAGAGAAGGAGCGAGUGGCAACAGAGCAUGCGCUAGAACUGAACUCACGUUUGACUGCUGUGGAAUCACAACUGUCCACAUAUCGGCAGGACAAGUCUCGACUCGAGGCUGCUUUGGAGGUAGAACGAGCGAGACUGGACACUGCAGAGGAAGCAAAAAGCAGGUAAUUAACCUAAUAUUGACCCGAUCAAGGAUACAUAAAACAGUCGGUGACUUUAAAAUAAAAAUUAUUUAUAUUUCUCUCCAAAGAAAACGAUUUUCUUUCGCAAUUCGUUUUGUAUUCUUUACCCCCGCCUGGCCUUAUACGAUUUCUUAUACGAGGGAAACAGACUCAGAAUAGUCUGAUUUUCGCACAACACUCUCGUUUGACUAUCAACAAUGGGCCUUUAUUCAAAUAGCUAGAGGGGAUAGGUCCACCAUCUGCUUUUACUCCUCAGACGGUAAAUUAGGAACAGAGUGGAGCGACUAAUUCAGUGAUUUUGUUACCUGUGCGUCCUGCGUCCUUGACGCAUAAAAAUCCCCAAAGACGCAAAAUAAUUCAUUGCAUGCGUGCCUAAGACGCAAAGAAUGAUCAAUCGAUGGUGGCGUAUUCUGUUUGUGUGUUUCUGUGGCUGUUGUUUAAAGAUGCAUAUUUAUUUUAGUCUCUUUUGUGCUUUAACUAUAUGGAAGGGCUAUAUUUUGAUUUCAGUAAACUGUAAUAAAGAGUUUUGUCGUCUGUCUCCAUAUACUGUUUGGUUACAUCAUGGAUAAUAGAAAGACUGGUCUUUCUAUUAUCCAUGGUUACAUAAAGGCCCAAGCAUUUUCAGUUUAGAACUCCUUUUUUUUUGGAACUGGGACUCAUUGGUUAUGAACAUGCAAAGACUCGUGAUUUUUCACAAGAUGAGUCCUAAGACUCACCAUACUAUUUUUAACAAAAUCUCUGAUGAUGAUGAUGAACCAGCUAUUCAGGUAUUCGAUAUAAUUAUUGCAAAUUGCACCGUGAAAAUUUACCUGUCUCCUCAUCGUCAACAUCAUCGUUUAUAGAGCGUUUUGGCACCAUAUUGGUGUUCCAAAACAGUGAAACGGCGGCCAUGUUGGUGUACCAAGACAAUCCUGGGGAAGUUGAAUUCUUUUCUUACGCAAACGCUUUCUUUUGUUCCCUUAAAUUUGCAUAGAUGCUGGCCACGUGAGGGAAAACGGUCUAUUGUAUUGAUUAUAACUAUCGUCAUCAUCAUCAUCGUCAUUGAAGGAUACCUGUUGAUGCGGAGGACAUACAAUUUUUUUCCAUUUCAAGACCAAAAGGCCAAUUUGGCCAAACUAAAACUAAUAAAAGUUUAUCAUACGCAGUAGUUCCGACGGCUUCACAUAUGUUCUACUUCCGUUGGUGCAAGGAAAUCCAUAUUUAAACUGAUAACUCAGUCCCAGUGGUAUCUGCUUAAUGCCUUUUGCUUUUGUCUUAGGGAAGCUGCUAGAGUAGAGACGUUGGAAGUCAAAUAUCGAAAAAUGAUGGAAGAUAACAACGUGGAAAAGGUAAGGCGUAGCUUUGGCGAGUUCUUUGGCGACGACCGUGGCGUUCCAGCGAAACCUCCAUAACUUAUUUUUUGAAAAUAAAAUUGCUAUCAAACCCUUUACAACAAGGACAGCGGACACUGAAGACGAGUUUAGUCCACUCGGAGGUAGAUUGCGUUGCAAUCUUACGCAAUCCCUCGAUAAAACUGACGCCUCUCUCUAAUCGACACUUGUUCUUGUGCCUUUGAUGUCCGCUUUUAAGACGUAAAGGCCUGACAUAGGUUAUUGAAUAAAUAUAUUGAAAAGGUCGACGUCCGACGUUGUCUUGGGAUUUUAUGCCGAAGGGUUUCAUUUGAAAGAUCACAAUGUUAAAAAGGGUGAAUGACCGGCCGGUGUUUUUUUGUUUUUGUUUUUGUUUUUUUUCAACAAAUAGUGCAAGGGAAAAACUGAAGUUGCGUGUUGUGAUCUCGUUGUUGUUGUUGUUGUUGUUAAUGUUUCUUCUUAUUGUUAUUACAGGCGUUACUUGAACAACAGCUGGCUGUGGAGAGGAGCAAGGUGGAAACAGAGAAGAAGAGGUUUCAAAAUGCCCUGGAUGAAAAGGUAGUUUUAGUAAUUAUCUUGUUUCUUGAUUUUGACUGAAAAAAAAGAACAACAACCACAACGAUCAACUGGUAUUCUAUACCAGCAGUACAGUAAUUAUACAAUGAAACAGUUCCGUACGAACUAGAUUCCUGCCACUGUUACUGUGUAAACUAAAGGCAGAUGUUGAACCAAUGUGGUAAAGUGAGUGCAAACAUUUGACUCUUUCAUCAGCAACACUUUAUUUUAACAACAACAACAACAACAAUUAGUGUCAAGAGAUGCAAGAUAACUUACUGACCUGACGCUUGUAUUACUGUAUAAGAGUAGAGAUUCCUACAUCAAUCUAAGACUAUCAGUUUACACUAUACUGGAUAUGACACAAUUUGGCGGAUAUUACGGGCGCUGUGAUUGGUUGUUGCUCACAGAAGCACAGGAGCGGUUAGCCUAGAAGGUUUGGUGCACGAAACUGUCAAUUCUCUUUUCUCAAUGCUUAC